CAUGCUGGGAAGAAACAGGGAUCCCGGCAGCUGGGUUUCAUUGUUUUGUGUCUCCUUUUUCUCCUCUCUUCACCAGCUGAUAUGCUAUGAAUAUCUAAGUGUCUGCUACCGAGCUUUUUCUUUCUUUUCCUCUUUUCUUUGUUUAGUUCUUUCUCAGAUCUCUUUCCUUCCUUAUCUUCACAACUAAGUGAGAUCUUGUUAAAAAGCUGGAGUCUCUCUGCAUCUUGAAUUUUGCAUGGCUGACAAGGGACUGAGUGCUGAGAAGCUUGGAGCCUGGUAUUUGCUGAGAACAACAAUUGCUCCAUCCCCCUCCACCACCUAGCCUAGGCUGCCCUGGGCCCGACCUUUGUUGGAUCUUCCAGUGCCAAAGAAGAUGGAUCUGCCCUAAAGUGACACCAUUCUGGAUUACUUUAUUGCAGCCCUUUUCUUAAAGGGCAACACACUGUCUUUUGUUUUUGUUUUUCUUCCUCAUUUGGGGAGUUUGUGGGGGAGUAAAGCAGUCACCUCCUCAUGGCCUUUCAGGGUCCUAGCCACAGCAUCCCCACCCAGAUCUGUGCCAACAUGUUUGGAGGCAUCAGUGGUCUCAUUCAGACGCCCACAGCAGCAGGAACAACAGCUUUGGGACAGAAGUUUUACUGCCUGCAUGGGACAACAGUAUCACAGGCACCUCCUCUCCAACAGGCAUUGCAGGCAAGCCAUUCAACAUCACCCAGGCCAACGGAGCCCAUUCUGGAACCAGAACCGGACCGUCCAAUUGGAUAUGGUGCUUUUGGAGUUGUCUGGUCGGUGACAGAUCCUCGGGAUGGGAAACGUGUAGCCUUGAAGAAGAUGCCGAAUGUCUUCCAGAACUUAGUCUCGAGCAAACGGGUUUUCCGGGAAUUAAAGAUGCUAUGUUUCUUCAAGCAUGAUAAUGUACUGUCUGCGCUUGACAUUCUACAGCCCCCUCAGAUCGAGUGCUUUGAGGAAAUCUAUGUCAUUACAGAACUGAUGCAGAGUGAUCUUCAUAAAGUCAUCGUAUCACCUCAACCCCUCAGCUCAGACCACAUUAAAGUGUUCCUCUACCAAAUCCUCCGAGGGUUGAAAUAUUUACAUUCUGCUGGCAUUUUGCACCGUGACAUCAAACCUGGGAACCUCUUGGUCAACAGCAACUGUGUACUGAAGAUCUGUGACUUUGGACUAGCACGGGUCGAGGAGCCAGAUGAGACGCAGCACAUGACCCAGGAAGUGGUAACGCAGUAUUAUCGGGCUCCAGAGAUCUUGAUGGGAAGCCGGCAUUACUCUAAUGCCAUUGAUAUCUGGUCAGUUGGCUGCAUUUUUGCAGAGCUGCUUGGCAGGAGAAUUCUCUUCCAAGCCCAGAGUCCAAUACAACAGCUGGAUCUUAUUACAGAUUUGCUGGGAACUCCACCACUGUAUGCUAUGCGGUCUGCCUGUGAGGGGGCCAAAGCUCAUAUUCUGCGUGGGCCACACAAGCCGCCUUCACUGUCGGUCCUAUAUAUGCUGUCAGAUGAAGCAACACACGAGGCUGUUCAUCUCCUGUGCAGGAUGCUGGUGUUUGAUCCUUUAAAACGUAUCUCUGCAAAAGAUGCAUUGGCCCACCCUUACCUAGAUGAAGGACGAUUACGGUACCAUACCUGCAUGUGUCGCUGCUGUUUCACCAUAUCCUCAGGAAGAGUCUACACCAAUGACUUUGAGCCCUCUGCCAUCCCCAAGUUCGAUGACUCCUAUGAGAAAACUCUUGCCUCUGUUUGGCAGGUUAAAGAGCUCAUUCAUCGGUUUAUUAUUGAACACCAGCAAGGUAAACGAGUGCCGCUUUGUAUCAACCCUCAAUCUGCUGCCUUCAAAACAUUUAUCAGGUCCACAGCAUGGCACUCUUCAAAAGUGUCCAAAAAAGAAGAGAGAUGAUUCUGGUUACAAAAGUCUUGAAAAGGAAGAUGAGAUGGAGAGGAGAGAAAGUGAGCCUGGCCGAAUGAUGUUUCAAGCCAGACGAUUGUAGGAGAGUCGUGAACAGAAUGUGGACUAUUGUUCUGCAGUUUGAAGAGUCAGGGAGGGGAAUGCGGGGAGGGUUAAAGAUAUGGGUGUGAGGCCUGAGGGUUGAAGAGAGGCUUUCCAAUAGUCUGUUUAUUUUUAAAUACUUGAAUUUUAUCUUUGUUACUGAACACUGGAAAUGGCAUAAUGAGUGACAGAAAGAACUGGAAAAUUACCAGUAUGCCCAGAAUGAAAAAAAAAAAGAAAAACUAAAGUACAGAAUUCAAAUAGUUUUCAGUUGUGUUCUAGCCUGGUCUGAACUGAAAACAAAUAGAAACAAUUAAAAAAAUGAACUGUGUUGAAGUAGGGGAUAAAUUGCUAGCAACAGAGGUACCCUAGGAAGAAAUUGGUAAACAGACGCUGGAUUUUACAUUGCUCCAACUCUGCAAGCUGUUACAAUCUUGUUUCCCAGAAAUUUAAAUUUCUUUCUUACCUGGUCCGAGACACACUGGAAGCCAAAAUACAAGGUGGGCCACAACCUGGGAAGUUGAGUAUGUAAAAUAUUACUGCGGUCACAGUUUGUCCAUUGUAACACUCAGCUCACUGGAAAUUUCAGGACUGGGUGCAAAAAACGUUGCUCAUUAUGUUUCUUUUUUUCAUUGAGGAGCAAAAGCAGUUCUGUGUGAGAUAUUUAUUUGGUUUGUGGACUUGGAUAAACAUUCCAAUGUCAACUUUUUUUUUUUAACCCUUGUCUGGCAUCAUUUUAAUAUCACUAUUUUUUUCCGAUACAACAAGGUGGUUCUCUAACACUGUACAUUUCUAAACAUGCAGGUUUUAAUAGUGUUUUAUUCUAUCAAAUGGCACAAUGUUUUUCAAACUGCACAUGGUAAAGUAUUUAAAAACAUUUGUAAUGUUGCACACAAUUGGCUAUCUAGUUUAAAGUCACUGUUGUAGAUGGUUAACUUGUUCACAGAUGUGUAGGUUCAUUUUUACCUAGUAUUUUUGGAAGAUGUAUUUGCUUACAGAAACUUAUUUGUGAACACUCUGGUGUCCCAUUAUCCACUUCCGAUGUUUUAAAAAUGAAUGUGUGUAUGCAAAAAUUGUAGGAAAAUGUGAACGGCAUUGUUUGUAGAACUUAUUGGGAAGGAUACACACUGUUACCCCUUCCUGUGCUCCUUUUCACAAUUCCCCAUUCCCGUGCUACACUUGAUGUAGUUCUCCCAUUAAACCACAAUUUUACCUCUUUUA